AUGUCAGCUCCUGGGGCUUUUCAGCAUAGCGGUCCCGCUAGGAAUGAUAGGAGAGUCAUAGCAGAUGAUCCAAGGAUACCAGAUAUACCAGGUGUUCCAGUCGCUCAUGAAAUGAACCCGGACGCUCAAUUCCAACCAGAACCUCUUUAUCAACCACAAUUUCAUCCUCAAUAUGAGCCCCAAUUUACACAUUACCAACAACAACAACUGCCAUUUCAGCAACAACAGCAGAACUUUAAUAAUUAUCAAUACCUGCCUCAAGGUCAACAAUCAUAUCAAACUCAAAAUGGUCCUCAAUAUCAGCAAAAUGGUCCUCAAUAUCAGCAAUAUGAUCAACAAGGAAAUAUGUUGCAGUAUGAACAACAUCCAAAUCAACAACCAAUUGAAGGUCAAAUAAACAAUCAUCAUCAACAAACACAGCAAACAGAACAGACACAGAAUCGUGGAGGAGAACCACCUGCAAACUUACCAAACUUAAAAGCACUAGGCCCUUAUCCGUGUUGGUUGGAUGAUGUACCUAUAUCUCAAGGUGGUAUACGUGCUAUUUUUGAAGAUAUUACUGUUAAAUUUGGAUUUCAAAGGUCAUCAAUGGAAAAUAUGUAUGAUCAUCUUAUGGUACAGUUAGACUCAAGAGCUAGUCGCUUAAUGCCAGCGGAGGCUUUGGUAUCUUUACAUGCUUCUUAUAUUGGUGGUCAACAUGCAAAUUAUAGAAAAUGGUUCUUUGCAGCUCAAUUAGAUCUUGAUGAAGAGAUUGGGUUUUCAAACAUGAAAUUAAAAGGUAAGGCUAAAAGGAGAAAUAAACAGAUGGCUAAGAAAAAUAAUGUCAAUAUGAAAGAACAUCGUGAUAAAGCACAACAAGAUGAGAUUGCAUUUAUGGAGAAAAAUGCCAAAAUUGAAUAUUCACCUGAACAAACUGAAAGGAAUCUUGACCUUCAAGCUGCUGGGUUCAAAUGGAAGAGCAAAAUGAAUGCAUUGACUCCACAUGAAAAGAUCGAACAAAUCGCAUUAUACCUUUUGCUUUGGGGAGAAGCUAAUCAAGUAAGAUAUUUGCCUGAAUGCUUAUGUUUUAUAUAUAAAUGCGCAUAUGAUUAUUUCAAGUCGCCGCUGUGUCAGUCUGGACCACCACUUGAGGAAUUCCACUACUUGAAUAAUAUUGUCACACCACUUUAUAACUAUAUUAGAGAUCAGAUGUACACCGUGGAUGCUAGUGGUAAAUUGGUACGGAAAGAAAAGGAUCAUAAAGAUAUCAUUGGCUACGAUGAUGUUAAUCAAUUAUUUUGGUAUCCUGAAGGUAUUGAAAGAAUCAAAUUGAAUGAUACAGAAGAAAGAUUAGUUGAUAUAAAACUCGAGGAACGCUAUUUGAAGCUAGCUAAUGCUAAUUGGAAAAAGGCCUUUUAUAAGACUUACAAGGAAAAAAGAACUUGGUUACACCUUGCAACAAAUUUUAAUAGAAUUUGGGUGAUACAUUUAUCAUCAUUUUGGUUCUUCACAACUUUUAACUCCCCAACUUUAUACACGCAUGAUUAUAAUCAGUUAUUGGAUAAUCCACCAACACCUCAAAGUAGAUGGUCUGCUAUAGCUUUGGGAGGUGGUGUUGCAUGCUUAGUUCAAAUCAUAGCCACUCUAGCUGAAUGGUCUUUUGUUCCUCGUCAAUGGCCAGGUGCACAACAUUUAACCAAGAGACUACUCUUUCUUAUCUUCAUGACUAUUAUCAACGUUGGUCCAUCGGUUUAUACAUUUGGUUUUUUUGACCUUGAAACACACUCCAACUCUGCAUAUAUUGCUUCCAUUGUUCAGUUCACCAUAGCAAUUAUUACUUUCAUAUAUUUUUCAGUCCAACCUUUAGGUUCAUUACUUGGUGGUUAUUCAAUGAAGUCCAGAAGGAACGUUGCAGCCAGAACAUUUACAGCAGCGUUUCCCAAGAUCACAGGUAGAAGCCGUUGGUUCUCAGGGUUACUUUGGGUUACAAUAUUCACUGCAAAGUUUGUCGAAUCUUAUUUCUUCUUGACUCUUUCUCUUAGAGAUCCAAUUAGGGUUCUUUCUAUUAUGGAGAUGACAAGGUGUCAUGGGGAUAAACUUAUUGGGUCUUUACUUUGUCGCCAACAACCAAGAAUAACAUUGGGUCUUAUUUACUUGACUGAUUUGAUUCUUUUCUUUCUUGACACAUAUCUUUGGUAUAUUGUCUGUAAUUGUUUAUUUAGUGUUGGUCUAUCCUUUUCUUUGGGUAUUUCAAUAAUGUCACCAUGGAGAAACGUUUAUUCCAGAUUACCCAAGAGAAUAUAUUCAAAGUUAUUGGCAACAAGUGAAAUGGAAAUAAAGUAUAAACCAAAACUUUUGGUUUCACAGAUUUGGAAUGCUAUUAUAAUCUCAAUGUAUCGUGAACACAUUUUACCUAUAGAAAUGGUAUCCAGACUUUUAUAUCACCAAAUUGUAUCAGAUACUACCUCAAAAAGAUCUCUUCGCUCACCAUCAUUCUUUAUUGCACAUGAUGAUUCAACAUUCAAAUCAAAAGAAUUUUUCCCACCCAAGUCAGAGGCUGCUCGUCGUAUUUCAUUUUUUGCACAAUCCGUCUCAACUCCAAUACCUGAACCAACUCUUGUACAGAGUAUGCCAAUAUUUACAGUAUUGAUUCCUCAUUAUGGUGAGAAAAUUAUAUUAUCUUUGAAGGAAAUUAUUCGUGAAGAUAAUGCAAACUCUAGAAUUACUUUAAUGGAGUAUUUGAAGCAGUUGUACCCUACUGAAUGGGAUUGUUUUGUGAAGGAUACAAAGCUUUUAGCUACUAAUAAUGGUAGUUUACCAGAUACGUAUGUGAAGUACGAUUUAACCAACAGAUGGAAAAAUGAUCUUGGUGGUCCUUUGGACUAUAGAGUGGACGAAGAUGAAGAGGAUGAAGACCCUAAAACUAAAACUGAUACGAACGAAGAAAUUGUGGAAAUAGACGGUGUUGAAGAUGAUGAAUCUGAUGAAAUUGAUGAUGAGAUGGAUGGUAUCCAAGAUCCUCGUGUCAAAAGGAAGGGUAUUCGUUUCAGAAGGUCUAAGGCAGUCCCAACAACACCAGAGGAUGACAUUCUUCAAGGUAGAAUUAAUGACUUGCCAUUUUAUUGUAUUGGUUUCAAGACAUCUUCACCGGAAUUCAUUUUGAGAACCAGAAUUUGGGCUUCUUUAAGAACUCAAACUCUUUAUCGUACAGCCUCCGGUUUCACAAAUUAUGUAAGGGCUUUGAAGUUACUUUAUCGUGUUGAAACCCCAGAUCUUGUACAAUAUUAUGGUCCUGACCAAGUUGGUUUAGAGCAAGAUUUAGAAGCCAUGGCUCAGAGAAAAUAUAAACUUGUUAUUGCCAUGCAAAGGUAUGCUAGAUUUACAAAGGAAGAAAAAGAUGAUACAGAGUUUCUUUUAAGAGCUUAUCCUGACAUCAAAAUAUCAUACCUUUUGGAGGAGAUUGAUGAGAGUCACCCACAGCGUCACAAAACAUUUUAUUCUUGUAUGAUUGAUGGAUUUUCAGAUAAAGAUGAGAAUGGAGAUAGAAUUCCUCGUUAUAAAGUCAAACUUUCAGGUAACCCCAUUUUAGGUGAUGGAAAAUCUGAUAACCAAAAUCAUUCAAUAAUUUUUUAUCGUGGUGAAUAUAUUCAGGUUGUUGAUGCUAACCAAGACAAUUAUUUAGAAGAGUGUAUCAAAAUAAGGUCUGUUUUAGCCGAGUUUGAGGAAAUGGACAUAGAUAACACUCCUCCAUAUGUUCCUGGUAUCCUUUAUAAAAAUGAUCUGGAUCCUGUCGCAAUUGUUGGUGCUCGAGAAUACAUUUUUUCUGAAAACAUUGGUGUUUUAGGUGAUAUUGCAGCAGGUAAAGAACAAACAUUCGGUACUUUAUUUGCUCGUACACUUGCAGAGAUUGGAGGUAAACUACAUUAUGGACAUCCUGAUUUUUUAAAUGGUAUAUUCAUGACGACCCGAGGUGGUAUAUCGAAAGCUCAAAAAGGUUUACAUUUGAAUGAAGAUAUUUAUGCUGGUAUGAAUGCUUUAAUAAGAGGAGGUAGGAUAAAACAUAGUGAUUACUACCAGUGUGGAAAGGGUCGUGAUUUGGGUUUUGGAUCUAUCUUGAAUUUCACCACUAAAAUUGGUGCAGGUAUGGGAGAACAGAUUUUAUCGAGAGAGUAUUACUAUCUUGGAACUCAAUUGCCAAUUGAUAGAUUUCUAUCUUUUUAUUACGCACAUGCUGGAUUUCAUGUCAAUAAUCUUUUUAUUGUCUUGUCUGUCCAACUUUUCAUGAUUGUUUUGGUUAAUCUUGGAGCCUUAGCCCAUGAAUCCACCAUUUGUGAAUACGACAAAGACAUCCCAUUCACAGAUUUACAAGUACCCUUAGGGUGUUAUAACUUACAACCAGUGUUGGAUUGGGUUACUAUUUUUGUUCUUUCUGUUUUCAUUGUGUUUUUCAUUGCAUUUGUACCGCUUCUUGUUCAGGAACUAACAGAAAGGGGUGCUUGGAGAGCUGUUUCAAGGUUUUUCCAUCAUUUGGCUUCAUUGUCACCAUUCUUUGAAGUUUUUGUGUGUCAAAUAUAUGCUACGUCAUUGAUUGUGGAUAUAACUUUUGGUGGUGCAAGAUAUAUUAGUACAGGUAGAGGGUUUGCAGUGUCACGAAUACACUUUUCUUACUUGUACUCCAAAUUUGCCAGUUCAUCAAUCUAUUCAGGUACUAAAUUGUUCCUAAUGUUAUUGUUUGCAACUGUAUCAAUAUGGCAACCAGCACUUCUUUGGUUUUGGAUAACAUUGGUGUCUAUGUGUCUAGCACCAUUCAUUUUUAAUCCUCAUCAAUUUGCAUUUGCAGAUUUUUUUGUUGAUUAUAAAGAUUUCAUCCACUGGUUGUCCAAAGGUAAUCGUAAGUGGCAUUCAAACUCAUGGGUAAAUCAUGUGAAACAAUCAAGAAUUAGAUACACGGGCCUCAAGAAGAAGGUUAUUGGGCAUAAUUCAGAGUCAAGUUCAGGUGAGCUUAAAAAGUCACAUUUGUACAAUACAUUCCUCACUGAACUUCUUCUUCCAUUUAUACAGUCUGUGUUUUUAUUUUUUGCAUAUACAUUCAUCAAUGCUCAGAAUGGGGUUAGAAAUGUUGAAGCUACAAACUCGGUUUUGAGGUUAAUAAUUUUAGUUUUCGCACCAAUUUUGAUUAACAGUGUAACACUUGUGUUGAUUUUUGCUUUAUCUUGUUUGAUUGGACCAUUGAUGACCGCAUUAUGUUGUUUCAGAGGGAUUUCCAAUUUCUUUGCUGCACUUGCACAUGUUAUUUCGGUUUUUGUCCACUUAUUGAUGUUUGAAGUGAUCUGGCUUUCAGAAGGAUGGAAUUUUGCAAGAACCUUGGUCACUAUACUUUGUAUUAUAUCCAUUCAAAACUUUCUUUUAAAGUCAAUAACAAUCAUUCUUUUACCUCGAGAAUUUAAAAACGAUAAGGCAAGUAGAGCAUGGUGGUCAGGCAAUUGGUAUACAACAAAAGUUGGAUGGCAGUUUGUGUUACAACCUUUAAGAGAAUAUUUAGUCAAAAUCAUUGAGAUGACAUUGUUUUCGGUUGAUUUUAUCAUUGGACAUUGUCUUUUAUUUGUUCAAACACCAUUCAUUUUCAUUCCUUUUAUUGAUAGAUGGCAUUCUAUGGUUUUAUUUUGGUUAAGGCCUAGUAAACAGUUGAGGCCUGGAGUAUUAAAAAAAUCAGAACAAAGAAGAAAAAGAAGAACAGUUAUAAGAUAUUUUAUAUUAUACUUCAUAGUAUUAUUAUUUUUCUUAGCAAUAGUUUUAGUUCCAGCUUUGACCCAUAGAUUUAUGAGAGAUUUAUCGGAUCUUUUUGAAGGAACAAUGGCAUCAGGUCUUAUCCAACCAAAUAAUCAAGAUAAUGAUGACACAGGAGAUAAUGCACCUUCAACAAUCACCACAACCACCCCAGCAAUGCCUACUUUCAAGACGGUAUGGUGA